AAGCCCGCCCCGCCCCUCAUUGUGCGGCUCGUACUAAACGGAAGGGGCCGGGAGAGGCCGUGUUCAGUCGGGUCCCGGCAGCAGCUGCGGCGCCUCUUGUCUUCUUCAUCUCUUUUUGCAGUCUCUCUUUCGCUUCCGGAAACAUGGCCUCUGGUGUGGCUGUCUCUGAUGGUGUCAUCAAGGUAUUCAAUGACAUGAAGGUGCGCAAGUCCUCAACACCAGAGGAAGUGAAGAAGCGCAAGAAGGCGGUGCUUUUUUGCCUGAGUGAGGACAAGAAGAACAUCAUCCUGGGGGAGGGCAAGGAGAUUCUGGUGGGGGAUGUGGGCCAGACUGUGGACGACCCCUAUGCUACCUUUGUCAAGAUGCUGCCAGACAAGGACUGUCGCUAUGCCCUCUAUGAUGCAACCUAUGAGACCAAGGAGAGCAAGAAGGAAGAUCUGGUGUUUAUCUUUUGGGCCCCUGAGUGUGCACCCCUUAAGAGCAAAAUGAUCUAUGCCAGUUCCAAGGAUGCCAUCAAAAAGAAGCUGACAGGGAUCAAGCACGAAUUACAGGCAAAUUGCUACGAAGAGGUCAAGGACCGCUGCACACUGGCAGAGAAGCUGGGCGGCAGUGCCGUCAUC